AUGUCGACAUUCAACGGACUCGUCGCGGAGUUCCCUGACAUACGAGUUGACUUCUUUCGGAAGCAUCCAGACCGUCGUCCGCCUCUCGCGUGUUUCCUGAGCCAUAUACACAGUGACCACUUGGCUGGGCUUGACUCCCUACGGUCCCCUUUCGUCUACUGCUCCGCAGCCACUCGGGAGAUGCUCCUCCGUCUCGAGCGUUACCCUUGUCGCAUCAAACACGCCAAAGGAAUCCUCGAGGCACGUGUGCAGACGUACAAGCAUCUGAAGAAUCUGCUCAAGCCGUUACCCCUGGAGACCCCAACCACGUUGGAGCUGUCGCCAGGCAGUCACAUUCAGGUCACGCUAUUCGAUGCAAACCAUUGCCCUGGUGCUGUUAUGUUCCUCAUUGAGGAUUCGUAUCGCGCCAUACUCUACACGGGCGACAUCCGGAGCGAGCCAUGGUUUGUGAAUACGAUUGCAAGGAACCCAGCCGUGAUCGAGUACACCUCUGGCAUGAAGACGCUCGAUAAAAUCUACCUUGACACCUCCUUCAUCAAGGACAUACCCUUCCAGACCAAGGCCGAAGGCAUUGCAGAAUUACUCCGCAAAAUAGCGCAAUACCCAGAUAACACCGUCUUCCACAUCCAAGCAUGGACUUAUGGAUACGAACACGUCUGGAUAGCUCUGGCCAAAGCUCUCAAUUCCCGCAUUCAUGUCGACGACUACAAGAUGCGCAUCUUUUCGUCUCUCACUAGCAAGGUAUCGAAUGAUCGCUUCAGCUCUUCCGUUCAUCUAUGUCCAGAAGCUCCUGCUCUGGCAGGCUACGUAUGUGGGAAUACACCCCACCCCGGGUGCCUCACCCGGGAUGAGAAUGUUCGACUUCAUAGUUGCGAGAGGGGAAACCUCUGCAACACGGUGAAAAACUCAAAAGUGGUGUCAAUUCAGCCAAUCAUCGCGCAUCUGAGGAGCGGUGCUGACAUUGCUGAAGUGGGUGUUGGCGGCGGCGGAGAUGAUCUUGAACGUGACGCUGAGCUCGACCCUCUGUCAACGGAAGACAUCACGGCAGUCUCGAAGCUCAUCGAAGAUGCGGAUAUUUCCCCAGAGGCAAAGCUUCGUCUUUCCGAGUUCCUCGAAACGGGUGCCAAAACGGGGCGAAGCCUUUCUCUGGAUCUCGAUAUUGCGUCAUUUGGAGAGAAGAAUCAGGCGGCCAUCAUGGACGCCUUCCAAGCAGUUGGUCGAAAGAAGCACCUGGAGGAGCAAUCCACACAAACCACGCAACCAGCAAUAGACGGGCUAAGCGGGAAACUGCCGAGAGUUAUCACGUUUCCCUACUCCCGGCAUUCGUCUUAUCAAGAGCUAUGUGACCUGGUUCGAAUCUUUCGCCCCAAGGAUGUGUGGCCUUGCACAGUGAAUCCUGUCGACUGGCUCAGAAACACCACGAGUAUACGAUACCUGUUUGGUAAUCUCUGCUCUGGCGAUACCUUCGCCCACGACAUGGAGAUGGAGAAACUCGCCGAGAGUCUGAGAAUCCUCCAGCAACCGUUAUCCCAAGGUCUUGGCAAUCGUCAUUUGCCGGCCACUGAGGCACACACCACGGCGUUACACUCAUCCCAUAGUUACGAAAGUAUCGCAUCCGAUCCUUCCGCCGUUGAAAUAGAGGAGACACUUGUGCUGGGGCUCGAUAGCAACCCCGGGUCCGUUGAGACACGGCUCCCCACACGGAAGCAACGUGACUUCUUCUACCGGGGCGGAAACUCAAAGCACACUCUAGAUACUCCGAUCCCGCCCACUGAAUCGGUUUCGCUCAUAGCAUCUGCCGGUGUUUCUCGCAUUCGGGCAGAUGCGUACUUUGCCAUGGAGCAAAAUCUCCUCGGCGGGGAGUGGACGCCAAUUAGCCUCCUCUCUACUAUUGAUCACCAUACUACUCCAGAUAAGGAUCUUGGAAUGGUUUGA